AUGGAAAGCAUCCUUUCAAUACUGACGAUAUUGGGGAAUCAAUCAAGCUCGGAUUCAGUUUCAGAAGCUUUCAACGGAUUUAGUUCGGAAUAUUUGUACGGCGUUACACGCGAACGGAUUCAAGACGUCAACAACAUCCUCAAUCAGUAUGAUUUUAUUAUAGUUGGAGCUGGAAGUGGCGGUAGUGUAAUGGCAAAUCAGUUGAGUGAAAAUCCGAACUGGAACGUUCUGCUACUAGAGGCUGGGGUUGAGGAAAACUUCUUACUCAGUGUCCCUUUACCUGCCGCACUUAAUCAACGGACAAGUUAUAACUGGAAUUAUGCACCGGAGAGAUCGUCACAUAAAUUAUGCGUAUCUCAACCAGCUCAUUUGUGCACUUGGCCAGCUGGCCGCGGAUUGGGUGGAACAAGCCUACUGAAUUACAUGAUCUAUACUAGGGGUCAUUACCGGGAUUACGAUGAGUGGUCCGAAGCUGGAAAUGAUGGUUGGAGCUACGAAGAAGUUCGGCCAUACUUCGAAAAGGGAGAACGCGAAUUUAUUCAUCCAGUUACGAUCCCAUACGAAACUCCGCUGUAUGAUGAAUUCAAAGAAGCCGUCGAAUCAUCCGGGUAUAGUGAAGUUACACCACAGAACAAAACGCAACUGGGAUUCUACAAGCUCCGAUCUACAACUGUGAAAGGUCAAAGAAACAGUGCCGCUCGCAUUUUUCUUCACCCAGCGAGGAAUCGGCCGAACUUGCACAUAUCCAUUCGCUCCCAUGUAACAAAAGUUUUGAUUGAUUCCGAGACUAAACAAGCAUUUGGCGUAGAGUUUGUCAAAAAUGGAGAAUCAUUCAAGGUUCAAACGAAAAAAGAGAUAAUUCUAUCAGCCGGUACGAUUGGCUCCGCAAAGCUUCUUCUGUUGUCCGGUGUAGGACCUCAGGAGCAGCUCAGAAAUUAUUCAAUUCCGGUUAUCAAAACACUUCCGGUUGGCCACAAUCUUCAUGACCACUAUGGUAGUCCAUCUUUGAGAUUUUCUGUAAAACAACGACAACCGGAAAUGUCUAGCCAGUCCGCUUUUGAACAGUAUCUCAACGAAGGUUAUGGACCGUUCACGAUACCCUUUCAAUUCGAAUCGAUUGCGUUUAUGAAAUCUGGCAACUCUCAGCUUCCGCAAGACUUUCCUGAUUUUGAAGCAUUAUUUAUGAACACCCAGUUGCAAAAAUCACCCUCCAGGGCGUUCCAGCUGUUUGGAUUGGAUCGAGCACUGGGCUCGGUCGGACUUAUCAACAAUCGCAAUCAUAGCACCAUCAUUAUAGCAAUCUUGUACAUUCGUCCUAAAAGUAGAGGACAAAUAUCCCUCAAAUCGAAUGAUCCUUUUGCUCAUCCCGAACUGAAACCUGGAUAUUUCGAGCACCCGGAUGAUGAGGCUAGUUUCUGUGAAUCUGUCAAAACAACUAUUGAGUUGGGAGAAUCCCAGCCCUUGGCUCAACUGGGUGCCAAAUUCGAUAGAACGUACUCAUCACAAUGCGAUAAUUUUACGAUCGAUAGUGACGCUUUUUGUCAAUGUUUCAUAAGAAACUAUGUUUGGGGAACCUAUCACCUCGGGGGAACUUGUAAGAUGGGUCCCAAGGGCGAUCCAACGGCCGUUGUGAGUCCGGAACUGCUCGUGCAUGGAAUCGAAAAUCUUCGAGUGGUGGAUGGAUCAGUCAUUCCGGCGCCCAUCGCGGGUCAUCCGAACGGAGUUAUUUACAUGAUUGGACAUAAAGCAGCAGAUAUGAUAAGAAAAAGGUGGCAGUGAAUUAUUUAUUAGAAGUUUGAAGAAACGUUAACGAUGUAAUGUGAACCACAGCUGUUUGUAUCUAAAUAAAACUUGAAACAAUGAAAACUUUAUAGAUUAAAAUACUUUUAUUCGAUCUUAUUCAGGACCGGCAUUAACAAGCUUUCUAAUAAAUGGCAUUGUCCUCCCAGCUAAACCACAUUGCAUAUGUUUGAAA